CGCGUACGCUUGUAACAAGACGUCCCAACCUUAGUGGAAGCAACACGUUGAUGCCGCAAAAGAAAGUCAAGCGAAGACUUCAAAUUCCAGAAUUUUCUCUGCCAUGGGGAAAUCACCGCAGUGACGUAAUCAUCAAGCGCCGCUCGGAGUCAACAAAGCAAGCUCAGGAAGCAACGCACAGACCAAUUCUGCUGCCUCACCUUCAGCCAGUUGUUCUCGGUCGUGGGCCAGAAACCACUAUUAAAGACAAAAAAUGCUCCAGGGAACAAGUUGAGUUGAAAGCAGACUGCAGCAAAGGUUUUGUCAAAGUUAAACAGCUUGGUGGAAACCCCACCUCCAUAGACUCUGUGGUGGUAGGUCAGGGAAAGGAGGUCAAAAUGAAGCCUGGCCAGUUGCUCCGCAUCGUCAGUGAGCUGUACCCAUACACUGUACAGUUCAAAGAUCAUCCCGAAAGUGGCUCCAGUAGUUGUAAGAGACCGCGUGAUGUGUCUUCAAAGGAUAAAUGCCUUCCAGAGGCUCCCAGUGUAAAAGCAACCAAAAAGACAGAACAAUUGCCUGAUUCUGUCAGAGCAGGAGAGUCAAAGGUGAUCACAGAAAGUAUUGGACAUUGGAGCCAAGGGCUGAAGGCUUCAAUGCAAGACCCCAAUAUGCAGGUGUAUAAGGAUGAUAAAGUAGUCAUAAUCAAGGACAAAUACCCUAAGGCACGUUACCAUUGGCUUGUCCUUCCAUGGAUAUCAAUUCCCAGCCUGAAGGCCCUGCGUGAUGAGCACUGCAGCCUGCUCAAGCACAUGCAGCAUGUAGCUGACCAGAUGGUUCAUCAGUGCCCACAAGCAAGCACCUUGGACUUUCGCACUGGGUACCAUGCCAUCCCCAGUAUGAGUCAUGUGCACCUUCACGUCAUCAGCCAAGACUUUGAUUCUCCUUGCUUGAAGAACAAAAAGCACUGGAACUCGUUCACCACAGACUAUUUUAUCAAGUCUCAAGAUGUCAUCCAUAUGCUUGAAACUGAUGGAAAGGUAACAGUCAAAGAAGGCACCAGCGAGUUGUUGAAGCAACCUCUGCGUUGCCACUUGUGUCAUAAAGAACUUUCCACCAUACCAGCACUGAAACAACACCUGAAGUCCCAUUUCCCAGCUGAGAGUAUGACCUCAAAUGCAACAUAGUACCUCAUAUGUUCAUAGCUUCAAUAUGAGACCCCUGCGAUUGGCGGGCGUCCAGUCCAGGGUGUACCCCGCCUCUCGACCACAGUCAACUGGAAUGGGCUCCAGCUCACCAGUGACUAGUGAGGAUAAACGGUAUAGAAAAUGGAUGGAUGGAAUAUAAGUCUUCUUGUUCUGGACAUAUUUAUUCAAGGAUGAUGGCACAACAGUUCACAUACAGUACUUCUUUUUCACACAUUUCAAUGCUUUUUAAUUGUUUUGUAAAAUUCAGUUAAUUGUGAUUAUGCCACGGAUUUCUGGUUUUUAAGGAUUACGUAAACUCUGUUUCAACGCGUCUGUCUUAUCCCCAUGCAAAAUGACUGCAUUCUUCAAAGGUUACUGAACAUACCAAAUCAUUCGCUGAAUGACGCGAGUAGUAGUGUUCAAGCAAAUUGAGCCGCGAGUUCAGUACGAGUUCAAUGUGGACCGAUAGACUCAUGCUUAGCUUAGCUCAUGUUAAUUCAUGCUCACUCGUUGGUCAAAACUACAAGACCAUCUUCACAACUUGGAGCAGCCUCCUGGAAACACUCACGUUGUGCAUGCCGAAACAUUUUUUUUGUUAUUUUUAUUGAUCAACAAGGAUGGUGGAGCUAAUCAUUACUUAUUCCUUUUUUUUGAAACUUUUCUUUCCAUUUUAGGGGGGUUUUGGGCUAUAGUCUUAAACUUUUGAUCAGCUGAAGAACACCCUAUUUCAGCUUAUAUGUAAUAAAUUGCUUUAUCAUUCCA